CCUUCGUAAUCAUAACAAAAUUGAAUUCAAAAUUAAACAAAUGUCUUUAAAUGUAUUAAAAUGAAUUUUAACUUAUUUUUUCCAGCUUCAAUGAUACAUCAAAUAUUAGAUUCUUUACCUCUUGCUUUCUAUGAACUGAAUUCUGUGUUAUUUAUUUUUGUCUUUGUUAUUUAUUAUGUGUGUGUAGUGCUUGCUACAUGAAAGGUGUUUGAAGUGACGAAUAUUUAUGCAAAGAUUGUAAAUAAAUUUUUCCAUCUGUGAAAGAAGUUUCAUUGAAACAAACAAGGUUACAAUGAAUUUUUCUCAGAGAUGUCUACUUAUCCAUGCAGCUCUAUGUAUAUUAAGAUUUGUUCAAGCACAAACUCUGCAGAAGUCGGUUUCUGUUGUAUUAGAUGCAAAGUGGUUAGAUACACCGUUGCAUUUAGAAGCCAGUGAAUUCUUAGCAGAAGAAAGCCCAGAACUAUUCUGGAAAUUUAUUAAUGAUUGUUCAAAAUUACAAAACAAUAUCUUCCAUAAAAAUGUAGCUAAAGCUUCAUAUGAAUCUGUAUUGAAUAUUAGCAGUAAUUAUCUCUCACCUACAAAAGUUGCUCUACUUAAAUUUUCCUUGGCUCUUCGAACAUAUUCUCCUGCUGUGGAAUUGUUUCACCAAAUUGCCUACGAUCAAAACUUUCCUGCUAACUGCGAAGUGAUUGCUAUUGUUGGUGAAGAAAUUGCUUGUGACAUUCCUACAUUAAAAUCCCUUUUGUCAGAAUCUUCAAGGAAUGCUACUUCUGUUGUGUAUCAAGUUGAUCACAUCUUCCCAAAUGCUGCUCAAUCUGCAGAUGUCAUUCUUUAUGGAGAAAUUGGCACAUCUUCAUUUAAUAAGCUUUAUAACUUUCUUAUGAGCAAAGCUGAAAAGAGCGAACUCUCUUUUGCAGUUCGUCAUUUUGUUGCUAAAAGAAAAAAGAGGAAAGUUCGUCUAUCUGGUUAUGGUGUGGAAUUAGCCGUAAAAAGCACCGAGUAUAAAGCCCAAGAUGAUACAAAAGUAAAAGAAGAAAAGGGAAAUCUAGUACAAGAGGAAAUAGAUAAGUUUGAAGAACAUGAAGGCUUCAUUUUCAGUAAAUUAAAAGAGUUGCAUCCAUCAAAAAAAGAUGAAUUAGAACAACUAAAAUCACAUAUUCUUGACAGUGCCAAAGAAAUUCCCAGUUUAAAAGUAUGGGAAUUACAAGAACUCAGUUUACAAGCUGCUCAAAGAAUAUUGGACUCGCCUGUUGAAGAAGCUUUAAGGAUCAUGAAAGAAAUUGCACAAAAUUUCCCAACUCAAGCCCGUUCUUUGAUACAUGUUUCUGUUUCGAGUGACAUGAGGAAAGAAAUGGAUAGCAAUCAGCAGAUGUUUCUUCAUCAUCAUAAUUUAGGUCCUUCUGAUGCUGCAGUGUUUCUAAAUGGAAUGUUUUUUGACAUGGAUACCACAGACAUAUUUUCUUUACUACAAGUUAUCAAACAAGAAACUAGAAUUCUUGAAUCUUUGCACAAGUCAAAAAUAAAUGAAGAGAUGCUCACGAAACUUUUGAAAAUGGAUUUUGCUUUAGAUAAAGAAGAAUAUGCUGUAGACAUCAGAGAUUCAUCCAUACAAUACAUUAAUGAUAUUGAAACAGAUCGUCAGUACCGAACUUGGCCCAGCAGUGUUCAGGACUUGUUACGACCAGCAUAUCCUGGAAUGUUACGCAACAUCAAGAAAAAUAUGUACCAUUUGGUAAUCGCUGCUGAUCCUUCUAAAAGUAAUGCCAAGGAUAUCUUUAAACUGGCUGAAUCAUUUUAUGUCCAUAAAGCACCAGUGAGGAUUGGGUUACUGUUUGCAGUAAAUCCUGAUUUCUCUGUGGAUGGUUUCCAUGAUACAGGAGUGGCCUUCUUGAAUGCGUUUAAUUUUAUAAGUCAAGAUAAAACUCCAUAUGAUGGACUUGCUUUUAUAACUGAAGUGUAUGCUAAUAAUGAAGAUUCUGAAAUAUCUAUAGACAGUGUUACUUCACAUUUUAAAUCAAUGUAUCCUAAUGAGGAUAUGGAUUUGAUAUUUGGUCUAGAUUCUGAUUAUGACACAGGAAGAAAGGCAGCUUGGGAGUUUAUUAAUAAAACUGGUCUUGGUAAACCUCCUCAGGUGUUGUUGAAUGGUGUAAUGCUGAAGCAAAUGCAGUUGACGGCAGAUAUGUUUGAGGAAGCAAUUUUGAGUGAAAUAAUGAGACAAACUCCUCCUCUUCAGAAAAGUAUUUACAAGGGUGAACUUACAGAUUCCCAUAACAUUUUAGAUUUUUUGAUGGAUCAAAAAAAUGUUAUGCCGAGACUAAAUCAGCGUAUUCUUAGCUCUGAUUCAACUUACAUUGAUCUUAUAAAUGGCAACGCUGAUAUGAUGUUGAAAAAAAUGAAAUAUUUUGUCAAAAGAGAUGAGGAUGAUUUUCGCUCAUUGACUGUCUGGAUUGUUUGUGACGUAAAUACUGCUGAGGGUCGUGCUCUUCUACUGUCUGCCCUUUCUCAUCUUAAAACUAGUUUACAUACUCGAAUUGGAGUUAUACACAAUCCAAGUGCCUCAAUAGCAUCCAGGAACAUAAUCAGCAAGUCCAUUGAAGUUGCCUUAGAAGUGUUAGAUCGCCAUACUGCUAAACUAUUUGUUACAAAGUUGUUGAAGCCUGCUAAUGCAAAGCAAGUGAUGAAUGGUGAAAAAUCUGUUACUGAUUUUUCAAUAUCGACAAUGGAGAAUGAAAUAUUUCUUAAACAUUUAGAGGCUUUUGAUGAAGAAAAUAUGUCUUUUCAUGAGAAAUUUUGCAAAAAUACUUUGAAACUAUCAUCUGGUGACAGAGCUAUUGUCAUAAAUGGAAGGGUAAUUGGUCCGUUGGAGGAUGGAGAGGAAUUUACUCAAGAAGAUUUUCACCUGCUAGAAAUAUAUUCAACUGGAUUAUAUGCUGACAAGAUAGUUUCUGAAUUCAAAACACAUUCAAAAGAUGGAAAACUUGAUAGUGAUAUGUUGAUGAAAAUUUCUUCAGUUCUUCUUGCUCAUUCACAGCCAAAAGUGAGGCAUGAAAUAAAGUUCUUUAGUGACAAAUUUAGUGCUAUUAAAAUUCCUGCUGCCCAGCUUGAAGAGCCAGCUCAUGAAGUUGUUGUCAUAGUGGAUCCUGUGUCUAAAGGAGCUGCAAAGCUGUCCUCGAUGCUUAUGGUACUCCAGAGGGUCAUCAAUGCUCAUUUCAAAAUAUUUCUUAAUUGUGUUGAUAAGCACUCUGCUAUGCCUUUACGAAGUUUUUACCGCUUUGUCCUGAAUGAAGAACCUGUUUUCGGAACAAAUGGGGAGUUUGGCGUUGCACCACUGGCAAAGUUUUCUGGUUUACCUUCUUCACCCUUGUUUACUCUUGGCAUGAUCACUCCAGAAAAUUGGCUUGUUGAAGUCGUCAAAUCUCCUUAUGACUUAGACAACAUUCAUCUUGAACAGGUGGAAAGCAGUGUGCAUGCUGAUUUUGAAUUAGAACAUUUAUUAAUAGAAGGCCACUGCUUUGAACAAUCAUCUGGGAACCCUCCUCGUGGGCUGCAGUUUAUACUUGGUACUAAAAGCUCCCCUGCUGUUGUUGAUACUAUUGUCAUGGCAAAUUUGGGUUAUUUUCAACUGAAAGCAAACCCUGGUGCUUGGCAUUUGAAUUUGCGUCAAGGUAGAUCAACUGACAUCUACGAUAUUGUUGGGAGUGAUAACACUGAUAUGACUGCUGGGUCAUCAGAUCUGUUAAUUUUAAUUAGCUCUUUUAGAAGCCAUAUAAUUAAAGUCAAAGUUGCUAAAAAGCCUGGAAAGCAAUUUGAAGAACUUCUGUAUGAUGAUGCUGACACUGAUAAUGGAAUAUGGAGUACUAUUACCAGCAUGCCUAUCAUUGGUGGAAUAGUCGAGGAAUGGAGAACUAUUUGGCUUGAAAUUAAAAGUACCUUGUCUGGGAAUAAAGGUGAAAUGGAUGCUGUUGAUGAUAAAAUCAAUAUAUUCUCUUUAGCUUCUGGACAUCUAUAUGAGCGAUUAUUAAGGAUUAUGAUGUUGAGUGUUUUGAAGAACACUAAAACACCAGUAAAGUUCUGGUUUUUGAAGAACUUUUUGUCGCCAACCUUUAAGGAUUUCCUGCCACACAUGGCUAAGCAUUAUGGAUUCGAGUAUGAGUUAGUUCAAUACAAGUGGCCAAGAUGGUUAAAUCAGCAAAGUGAAAAGCAACGUGUGAUUUGGGGGUACAAAAUUUUAUUUUUGGAUGUUUUGUUUCCUUUGGAUGUGAAAAAAUUUAUAUUUGUAGAUGCUGAUCAAGUUGUUAGAGCUGACAUGAAAGAAUUGAAUGACCUUGAUUUAGGUGGUGCUCCAUAUGGUUAUACUCCAUUUUGUGAUAGUCGUAAAGAUAUGGAUGGCUAUAGAUUUUGGAAAUCUGGGUACUGGGCUUCCCAUUUAGCAGGAAGAAAGUAUCACAUUAGUGCACUUUAUGUUGUGGACUUGAAAAGGUUUCGCAGAGUAGCUGCUGGUGACAGGAUAAGAGGGCAAUACCAAGGACUCAGCCAAGAUCCCAACAGUCUUUCCAACUUAGAUCAGGAUCUUCCAAAUAAUAUGAUUCAUCAAGUGGCCAUAAAAUCUUUACCACAGGAGUGGCUGUGGUGUGAAACAUGGUGUUCUGAUGAUACCAAAAAAUAUGCAAAAACAAUUGAUUUGUGUAAUAAUCCAAAAACUAAGGAGUCAAAGCUUCAAAGUGCCAUGCGUAUUAUUCCUGAAUGGAAAGAUUAUGAUUCUGAGAUUAAAAAUUUGUUUCAAGAAUUUGAAAAACAAAAAACUUCAGUCCAAACAGAUGACAGUGUGAAAACCACAGAUGAUCAUGAUGAAUUAUGAUAACGGACUGUGUCAAUUUUGUACUGGGUGAUAUUAGGAAUAAAUUUUUUAAUGAAAUUAUUUCCAGUUUUCAUUAUUUUUUUAAUUGUGUGA